UUGAUUGAAAUCGAGAUCGGCCCAGAUCUACAGCUCCAGGAGCAUGAAAUAUGGCAUCAGUUGUGUGGAUUUCAUAAGAAUGGGCCAGAUAAUCCAAAAGUUGCCGAAAGAACCGCACAAGAAGUUCUAAUCAGACACUCAAGCGAGUCCCAAACGUCCUUUGCAUCAAAGGCAUGUCUUCGUGCUGCCGGGAAGUUGGCUCCCGGAUGCGGCAUUCGACUUGAUACUAACACGGAUUCUUCACUCUCUUUGGCGCAACCCUCUGUUGAAUGUCGUAUUGAGCUGUUUCAAGCGCUUAUAAAUUCCCCAUUCACGGACUUAGAUAUCUUGCGUAAACAGUCAUGGUCGGGAAUCCCGCAAGAUGUCCGUUCUACCACGUGGAAACUCUUGUGUGAUUACUUGCCAGCGUCUUAUGAUAGACGAUCCACGACGUUGGGCAAAAAACGCCAACAAUAUUCGGACCUGACUCUGCAGUUUUUUAAUCUCCGUAAUGGUCACAGUGGUUCGGAAAUAUUCCGACAAGUACAAAAAGACCUGAUACGCAUGACAAUGCUACAAAAACGUCAAGAUAUUUUUGAGUUAUUUGAAAGAGUAUUAUUUAACUGGUCAAUACGACAUCCUGGAAGCGGAUACGUCCAGGGCAUAAACGAUUUACUUACACCUUUCGUUAUUGUCUUCCUUUCCGAUUACGCCAAGACAGAAUUGAGUUCUGCUGGUGAAUUGAAGUUGUCUAAGGCGAUCACAAAGGAACAGCUGCAAGAGGUUGAGGCUGACGUCUUUUGGUGCGUUUCAAGGCUACUGGAUACCAUUCAGGACAACUACACUUUUGCACAGCCAGGCAUUCAAAAUAAUAUAAACAAACUGAGCAGUCUCAUUGAGCGUCUCGAUGCUGAGUUGCACCGACAUCUGCUCAAUCACAAGGUUGAGUACCUACAAUUCUCAUUCCGGUGGAUGAAUAAUCUUCUCAUUCGAGAAUUACCCCUACGCUGUAUCAUCCGGUUAUGGGACACUUAUAUGUCCGAACCUGAUGGAUUUUCUCAAUUCCACGUCUACGUGUGUGCAGCUUUCCUUUUGCGUUUUAAGGAUGGUCUGAUGCGGCAAAACGACUUUCAUGGCUUGCUAAUGUAUCUUCAGUCUCUACCGACACAUCGCUGGACAAAUGAUGACAUUGAAAUGGUGCUUGCACAAGCUUUUCAGUAUAAAAGCCUGUUUUCUCAGGCGCCGAAGCACUUGGAUUAUCAAAAAAGUGAUAUUCAUUAG